UUUCUCUCUAAGAGUCUAAGAGUUCAACCUGAACUCAACAACAUAUAAAGCAGAGCUGUGCGCUACAGGAGACACAUCUAUCUAAAGAGACUAAACUACUACAACAUGUACUCACGAACCAACAGCGUGACUCUGGUCAAGCAGGAGUUCUUCGGCUCCUCCAGAACCUCGACCCGGUCCACGGAGCCGGAGGUCUUCACCUUCGAGCGGGUCCCGACCCAGGCCACCGCGGUGCGCUCCUACGUCCCGAUCCGACCCAAGAAGCGCUGCACCCGGGUCAUGUACCCGGCCAAGGUCCGCAUGCACCUCCCACCGCCGGAGACGAACCGGGCCAAGCGCUGGCUGGUCCUGCUGGUCCUGGUGCUGCUGUGGCAGAUCUACACCGAGGAGCCGUGCUUGGAGACGGACUGCGACUACCAGCAGGGUUUCUCCUUCCAUUCUGACCAACAGCAGCUCUCAGACCGCAGCGCCGGAUCCGAGCUCCUGUCCAGCAACUCCAUCCUCCAGAACACCUGCCCAGAAACAGAACCCGGCCAGGAGACCCAGAACCAGGAGACAGAGAGCAGCUUCCAGCAGAGCGCCGGGAAGAGCUACGUGGUGGCUCUGCUGGUCUACCACCGGCUGGGCAAAGACAACUGAACGUCUCGGGACUUGGUUCACCUGGAAAAACCCGCAGAGGGGAAAAUGAACCGAGCUGGAGUUGAUCCAGAACCAGCUGAUCCAGAACCAGCUGAUCCAGAACCAGCUGAUCCAGAACCAGCUGCUGCUGCUGGAGAUCAGUGGUGCGCCAUAACACGCGCAGCCGGCCAGAGAGCUCCAUGAGCCGGCUGAGAGCGGCCAGCAGGCACCCUCUGAGAGAGGAGAGGAGGAGGACACACUCUGGACACUGAAAGAAAGAAAGACAGACAGAAAGAAAGAAAGAAAGAAAGAAAGAAAGAAAAGAAAAGAAAGAAAGAACAUUCUGGACACUUAAAGAAAGAAAGAAAGAAAGAACUGUGAAAACUACAAAAACUUGAACUAUAAAGAAAACUUGAACUAUAUUUAUGCGUAUUUUACGCACAGACUAACUGCACUCUACCUGCACGUCUAACUGGGUUUAAUGGAGACUGUCACUGAAACUGACUCUGUCUGUUGUCUAAAUGUCUUAUUUAGUUAUUUAUUCUAUUUGCUAUUUAUUGAUGAAUUAUUUAAAUAAAAAUGUCUUAAAGAAA